AUGUAUGAAAAACGUAUCAAUAUGGAGGAAGAGAAAAAGUUUUGGAAAGAACAUUUAAAUGGUUUCUCCUAUCAUUAUCUCCAAUUGCCUUAUGAUCGAUUUCCAAAAGAUAAUAACAUACGAUCGGGCAUUGGUGUGACAAGUCGUAUCGAUUUAUCCUGUGAAAUAGUUGAUGCGAUGUUUAAUUUUAUUGAUGAUCAUCAAAUGACUUUAUUUCAAGUUGGUCUCGCAUCAUUUCAUUUAUUUUUAUCUAAACUUACCCAAGAAAGUGAUCUUUGUGUCCUUACAACCACAACCAAUCGUAUUCACGCGGUUUUACAAGAUAUUAUUGGAUAUUUUGAGAACAUAUUACCACAACAUCACAUCAUUGAUCCUAAUUCAAAUAUCAAAGAAUUCUUUCGACGUGUUAAACAGAUAUAUCUCAAUUCUAUGCAUUAUGGCCAUUUUCCUUAUCAAUAUAUGGGCGAAUCAACUGGUAGAGAAAUUCUUUUUCUUGUAGAUUCCAUUCAUCAAGAUUUAAAUGAUCAAAAUCUUCGAUUAAUUCCAAUAUUAAGUGAUCAUGAUGAUAUCAUUAGUAAAUAUGAUUUGACUUGUUCAAUGAUAUAUGAUAUUCCAAGAAGUUCAGUAACAGUAUCCUUCAAAGGUUCAUGUGAUCUAUUCAACAGAAAUACUCUUUCAACAAUGAUUCAACGUUUUGAAUAUCUUCUUGAGCAAAUCUUUACAUGUGAAUCAUCUUCAAUUUUCAAACUUUCUUUAUUAUUACCAAACGAAGUUGAACUUCUAAGACAAAUAGAUUUGAACAAUAAAUUUCCUCAUGAUAUAAAUUUUUUAUCAAUUCAUGAGCAAAUUGCAAGUCGAGUCAUUGAACAUCCACAAAAAUUAUCUACAAUUCUUGAUGAACAAUCAUUAACUUAUGCAGAACUUUAUGAAAAUGCUUCGAUUAUAUGUGACCAUCUCGGAAAAGUUUAUCGUAUUCAGUCGAAUGAUAUUGUUGCCUUAUGUGUUGAACGAAGUCUCGAAAUGCCAUUAGGAAUUCUUGCCAUUCUAAUGGCUGGUGGAAUUUAUUGUCCCUUAGCACCAAAUCAUCCUCAAGAAAGAUUAGAAGGAAUUCUUCGUCAAACAAAUGCUCGUUGUGUUCUCACACAUACGGCAACAAAAUAUAAAUUUCAAUCAUCAAUUGUCAAUCUUUCAACUUUUGAUGCAUCAUUGAAUGAAUUUCGUCGUUUUGAUGAACAAAUUCGUCCAACUGACCAAUCAAUUGAUCAAGUCGCGUAUAUUAUUUUCACAUCUGGUUCAACUGGUGAACCUAAAGGUGUUCAAUUGACUCAUCGAAAUCUUUUGCUCACUGUUGCAUCAUAUUGCUCAACUGGUUCAAUUUUACCAACUGACACAGCAUUACAAAUAACUCCGUGUUCAUUUGAUGCCCAUGUACCUGAAUUACUUGGUUGUUUAAUGAUGGGUGGAACAUCAAUUCUUCUUCAUCCAGAUGGAAAUAUGGAUUUAGAUUAUAUAUCACAACUUGUCGAAACUCACCAAGCAACUUAUAUGCAUUCAGUACCUUCUCAUUUGAGUGUUAUUUGUGAACAAUUGGAGAAAGAUAAAACAUUUCAACGUUUAAAUACAAUUCGAUCAAUUUGUUCAUCAGGUGAACCAAUGGAUAUUCGAUCAUUGGAGAAAUUUCGUCAAAAUACUCGUGCAACGAUUUUUAAUUUAUAUGGUCCAGCUGAAUGUACUGAUGUGAGUAUUUAUAAAAUAACACAAGAUAGAAAUCAAAUGAUUGAACCAUCGUGUAUUGGUCCUCUUUCGCCUAAUCUUUCUUGUCUCAUUUUGGAUUCAUUUAUGCAAACAAUUUUACCUGAUGGUCUUCAACUAGGAGAAUUAUUUGUUUGUGGACCAAGUGUUUUCUUGGGAUAUUUCAAUCGACAUGAUCUGACACGUGCUGUUCUCAUUGAUGGACUCACAAAUGAUGGUAAACAAUUUUAUAAAACCGGUGAUUUAGUACGACUUGAUGCCAAAGGUGUUCUUCAUUAUGUUGGUCGACGAGAUUUUAUGGUGAAAUUACGAGGACAACGAAUUGAAUUAAGUGAAAUUGAAAACACAAUCAUUGAUGCAUCGUCGGAUGUUACUCGAUGUGUUGUUGUCAAAUAUGAAGAUAAGAAAAUCGGUUCGGAAUAUUUAAUCGCUUAUGUACAAACAACAAUGAUCAACAUUGAACAGAUUCUUCAACAAAAAUGUCAAGAACGAUUACCAUUUUACAUGGUUCCAUCUUUUUUUAUUCUUCUUCACAAAUUACCUUUGUCACAAAAUGGAAAAAUUGAUCGAAAACGUCUCCCAUGUCCUCAUAUGAGUAUCAAAUUACUUCAUCAACAAGAUAAUCAACAAUCCAAGACGGAAAUCGAACGUCUCGUCUCAACAUUGUGGUGCGAAAUUCUUCAACUUGAUCAAAUACCAUCAAUAACUAUUAGUUUCUUCAAAUUUGGUGGAAAUUCACUUCUUUUAAUGAAACUUUAUCAUUCUUAUCAUAGAAUCAUUCCAUUUGAUACGAAAGCUCUCGUAAUAAGUCAAUUUUUUCGUCGUUCGACUAUUCGUGAUCAUGCUGAACUUCUCGAAACUCAUCAAACAAAAAGCGAAGUUCCCUGGAAAUCAUUUCACAUAAACAAAGGUUGA